CCACGGAAGCCCCCUGGCCGCGGCGCCGCGUCCGUUAUGUGAAGGCGGCGGCCCCAGGCUGAGCGGCCGCCCCAGGCUGCAGUGUACAGUAAAAUGGAGCCCACAGCCUCCGGUGUGUUUUGCAGCAGGGUGCUAAGUAUGGUGAACUCUGAAGACGUGAACGCCAUCAUUUUGGCUCAGAAGAAUAUGUGAGUCAAGUGGAAUCUUAUCAGCCAAAAUACCCUGCUGUUCUGUUCAAUAAAUAUACAAAUAUCCUUCUAAUUGCUAGUAAUUCAGAGAAACUGGAUGACUCAGUGGGGUUAGCAUGUGUUAUAAAACCCUUGAUCACUACUUCAAAUCUGUCCUAGGUUGCCAGUGACUAACUGACAGCUGUUCUGUUCAGUGCCUGUCAAAAUGAGUUGCAAGGUCUUAGUUCAAUUCCUAGUGGGCAUGUGUCUGGGCUGAAGAAGAGAGGGUUACAUUUGCCACUUGUAGGCUGUCGUAGCUGAGAGGUCAAAGACCAAAAGAGCUGAUCUUUCCGGGGCAUGGGUGAGCUGCUUUGUGCUAAUGCAGACUUUCUCAAUUACUGGUGCUUUGUCAAUUCUGGGAAUAAACAGAGGCCUUUAGUCUGCAGGACAGUCAAGUCAGUGCCAUCCUUAGUGCUGAAUUAAUUUCCUUUUUUAAACAAAUUUUAAAUAUUAAGAAAAGUCCAUCCAACAUGUCUUAGCUGAACUUCACGUCUGUUCUCCCUUUUUGCUGCUUCUUUAAACUCCUCAAUUCACUUAUUUUGAAUUCUUCCCUCAAGCCCCAAAUUUCCUGACAACUUUCCUGUCAGUAGAAAUAGUCAGUUAGACUCUGAUUGAUUUCACUAGGGUUUUGCCCAGGGUGAAAUUUUGCAUGCAGAGUUCUCUGGGCAGGACUGGGGCUUUAAUCGCUUCAAAAGCUUUUCAAGGAGAGGAAAAGAAGGAUAUAAUUUUCUUCCUGACUUUUAUGGGGUUUGUGCAUGUUUUUGAGAUAAUUGUGAAAAGUCUUACCUGGUGUGCUUUAUUUUUGGAAACUCAUGGACAAAUUCCCCAUGUCUCUUCUCGCUCUAGGCUCGAUAGAUUUGAGAAAACCAACGAGAUGUUGCUCAACUUUAAUAAUCUAUCCAAUGUACGCAUGCAGCAGAUGAAUGAGAGGUUCCUGCAUCACACUAGGACGCUGGUGGAAAUGAAGAAAGAUCUAGAUAGUAUCUUCCGAAGAAUCAGGACCCUAAAAGGGAAGCUGGCCAAACAGUACCCAGAAGCUUUCAGCAAUAUUCACGAAUCUCCAAUUCUAGAAGAUGAUGAUGAUUUUGACCCUAUUCCAAAAAGCACGGCGACCACAAUUGCUACCUCUGAGCAGAGCACAGGGUCUUGCGACACAAGCCCUGACAUUAUUUCUCCAACCCUGAGUCAGGAUUUUGAGGAUUUAUCGCAAGGCCGGUAUGAUUCUCCAGCUGUUAAUGGACAGAGUCUAACAGAUGAUGAAAUGGCCAAUGAGCUGGACUAACACGUUCUAAAAACUAAGGCAUCAGCUGAAUCAGCUGCAUGGACUAUGGAGCGCAACCAGAGAACUUCCUGUCCUGUAUUUAUAUUUCUGUGUUUCCUUGGCCAUUUAUUUUUUUAUGGGGAGAGGGAAAGUGACGGCUGAGUGGAGAGGGGCCCAUCACAUGGUAUUUAAAACUGCCAUCAUAAUGCAAAUGUCGAGUCUGGGUAUGGCAAACAUGCAAAAUGUAUGAAUUGAAAUGUCUCUUCUCUGUUCUUGUUUGUUUGUGUGUUCAGGGGAGAGCAGUAACCCAAAGGUUAUCUUUGAACAUUAGUUUCUGGACAAAUAGAGAUCUUCUCAGAAGAGUACUCUUAACUGCUUUUCUUUAUAUUUUUCUUAAAUUUACUUGGUUUUACACAGAAAUCUUGAGGCUCUGUAAUUUACAGUGCAUGCAAACCCAAACUAUAGCCUCCUUACCAGCAUGGUACAAAUAUCUCUCAGCUGUGGCUCGCAGGAGCUUAUACUUGCAAAGCAACAAUAGCUUGCUUUUUGUGAUCUUCUCUGCCUUCUGAGAGGCCUGCCUGCACGACAGGGCCAUGUAGCUAAUUAAUAUAUGCUAAUGAUUUCUCUAGCACCUACAGAACGUUUUUUCCCACACGGUAGCAAAAACCUGAAGUCCUCUUUCUUUAAGUGCGCAGCUGUCCUGUGCUGCACCUUGGAUUUUCAGGAGGGAAUCUUUUAUAACCGCACUCGCAUUGCUUAAUGGAGACCUUUGACUGGGACAGUUUGACAACUACUAUGGCUGUACCUUGCUCUCUCUCGUGUUCAUCAUAUGUUAAAUUAUCAGGUAGUUUCUUUGGGUAAAACCUUUCAUUUUUCAAACUGCGAUAAAGACCCUGUACCGAAAUGUCUGCUUUUUGUCUGUUUUCACCUGACUUUGCCAAUGUCUGUGUUUAAUGUAUUGCUGAGAGCCAGGAUGGAAAUAACUAAACCUGUUGUCAAUCUAGGAGGGAGGGGAAAGUUGCCCUCUAAUCCUCAGUGGUUGUGAUCAGCAUAUCUCCAGAAAUAUUAUAGUGAAAAGAAAAUAUUUUUGUAUUACAUGUUUACAAAUGCUAGGAGAAAAUAACCAAUAGAGAAUUCAUUAAUAAAACAUCCAUCCAAA